AUGGAACGCCAGGUGGCUCUGCCAUUUAGUACAGAGAUUAAAAACGAAGACAACCGAACUAUAGGGUAUGUGAUCGGACAUCACUUACAUUAUUAUCCUAUGACGACGAUGAAAAAAAACUUAUUACAUUGCGGUAGAUAUGGACUGCACAAGCUAUUCGGCCAUGGAGGAAAACUAGACUAUCGAGAUCAAGGGUAUACAGUAGAAGAAUUUAAGAAAAAGUUUCCCAGAAUAGCAAAACAAGAUGUAAAAUGUUUUGUUUAUGCAUAA